AAGAUCAAGAUCUUUAAACUUUUGACGUUGUGUUUUGUAAUAGAGCAUUUACUUAAGACAGAAAUGUAAAUGUAUGUCAUUCCAACAUCAAUCUUGAUUGUUGCACCCGCCGCAUUUUGAUUUUCAUUUUGGUGAGCCUGCAUGGGAAUAAAGUAGUUUUUAGGACGGCAAAGGCAGAAUUAUAAUCUGCACGCAUGAACAAGAUGAAGCUGAAGCUCGAAUGAUCUUCCCGCGUUGUCUUCACAUGACGAUCCGGCGGAAAGAAGCACGGCCUCUUGUUCGUUUCUGCUGGUGCUGUCCAGCUGGUCGAUGUCGAUCCAGCAUCCAGGUGCUGCAAUAAGCAUGGGUAUAAACCACGGGAACCAAGAUCAUGACCACAUGCGAUCAGACUCCACAGACAAAUUUCUAAAAACACCGACCACGAGCUACAACAGCUGCACAUUAUUGCGGCAUUUAAGUAACGACGGCGACAUGAGAAGAAGAUGAUCACGGCUUCUCCCGCGCGGAAAAUUUUUCCAGCUGUUCCGUUUCUUAUUUGCAGCACAAGUUAAGAGAGACCUUCUUGAACCCGCCGUCGCCAUGGACCACGCCGCCGCCGGCCCGGCGGACUUUGACGAAACUUGUUCAGUCCGCACGAAUGCAGAUAUACGGAGAUGGCGGGAAGUGGAGCUGACCCGGACACCCGUCGUCGACACGACGGAGCGGAUAUGCAGUGUAAAAGCAUCGCACUCGUAGCGAUGGCAGUCAUGCAUUACAAUUUUUUUUCGUAUAGGUAAAUCCGCAUGACAAACGUUGUUUCUCAUGCUAAGGAAAUUUGUAAUGCAUUCAUACGAGUACGGUACUUUUGCAAUGCAUAGCGGACGAGCAGCAGCCAGCACAAUGCAAGCAAUAACGCUGGUCAACAGCUGAAUUCGAACAGCAGAACGCUGUCUGCCGCAGAGCAAUACCAACAGAACUUAGGUUUGCAAACUAAUUCGAGCAGUUCCUCUAGCAGCACAAGGAGAACCGGGAGCACAGGGAGCAACCAUGUUGUCAACAAGAAUACUACAGCAGGAGGCUCUACUGGUUCAUCUGGUUCCAACACAGCUGGUGGUGCAAAUCAGCAAUACAGCAGCCCCAACCCGCACGACAGAGGGGGGAACAGUGGUAAUCAGAUGAAUUAUAUCCAGGAAAAAAAACCCAUCCCCAUCCAUUCACUGCAUGACAAAUACGUGGAUUUUAUGCAUGUUUUGCAUAACAAGAUGGGGAUGGGUGUUUUUUCCUGGAGAAAUUCGGACCCCAAAACCGAAAUUGUGAAGCCGGUGGAAAGAUCGGGCGCCUUAUGCAAUACAAAUAUCCCGUACAUGUACAGGAUGCAUCACAAACUUCACCGAUUGGGGGUGUAAAUAAAGUUGCCAUGCGAAACUAGGAUCGAAGCCACGUUUUGUCAUGCAGAGGCCGCAUUUCUACGUGUGCGGGAAAUUUAUUGUGGAUACGCCUCGGGGGUGGUUUAUGGACGGUACCUGUGGCUGUAUGGAGGCUACAACGGGAGUAGGGGCGGGCGGUUGGAUGAUCUGUUUCGGUUUGAUCUAGAGAAAAGACGGUGGCAGCGUAUAAUACCGAAGGGGGACAAAAAACCAAUGGCAAGGGAAAACAACGGGGCGCUGGUGGUCAGGGGCAAAAUGUAUAUCGAAGUGUCUUGCUCUUGCUGUUUCAUCUGCAUGAGAAUUCGAAGUCGAACUGUCAUGCUGCUCCUGCAUGAAAAAAAAUUUAGGUUCUUCAUAUCCGAUCGUCUGAGACGAAAAAAGUACAAUCUACUGACCCCUCAGGUACAUCUUCGGCGGUUAUUCAGGGUUUACCUGGCUCAACGACUUUUGGUGUUUCGACUUCAAAACCAAAAUUUGGGACCGGGUAGAAGGCGGCGACAUCGGCCACGUCCCGUCAUUGCGAUUUGGCUACGUGUCGGCACAAUACAAAGACCAAACAAUUUUUAUCUUUGGCGGGUACGAUGGGUCAACUUGGUUAAAUGACAUGUAUGAAUUCUCCUUAUGCACUGCAAAAGUAUCGAGUGCACGUACUUCUAGUAUGAAUCGCAUGACAAAUUUCCUCAGCAUGAGAAAUUGUAAUUUGUAAUGCUGAUUGAACUUGGCAAAAAAAUCUGUAAUGCGACGUAAAUGCUGUAUUAAUACGAGUGCGAUACUUUUGCAAUUAAUUCUCCUUCGAGCCUAGCAAAAAGUCCUCUGCGAACAUCCAGAACUCAGCGCCACCGAAUAUCAAGAAUAAAAACCCCCCUUCCCGCCCAUAUCAAAACGGAAAUCUGUGAUGCAGAUUUGUGGUCACAAAUCGGCUUUGUCAUGCUACAAGGGCAAAGAUGCAGACACUGUAGUGCUAGGUGGCGUCGGAAGGUUUUGUAUCUUGAGCAUGACAGGAGGCAGCUGGAAGUGGGAGACAGCAUGACAAACUCCCUGCAAACGACGCCGCAGCUGCGGCUCUUUGACUUCUGGCAUGACAAGUCGGUUUGUGUGCUCAAAUACAGCAUCACAAUUUUUUUCGUUUUCGAUAUAGCAGGGAGGGGGGAUUUUUCCUGUUGAUGCCGAAUCUCCAAACCUCCGCCGCAGUCAGUGCUGCAGCGGGCGGGAGUCCGACCCUGCAGGGGAACUCCCCCACGUUAAGUUCAAACACAACGAACCCACCACCAGUGCCGCUGCAGCCACUGAAGUAUCGGGAAUGGCUGAAGACUCAGCAGUAUCCUGUGCAAAAGUAUCGUACUCGUACUAAUUGCAAAUAUGCAUGACAAAUUUCUUUCCUAAGGCGAAACAGCAUUACAAAUUCCACUUUCCUUCUUGCCAAAAUUUGUAAUGCAAUUACUAUACAUUAUAUUCAUGCGAAAAAAGAGGUAGACAGAGGGUCCCAGAGAGGUGGCCAAGAGGUCAAAAAGAGGUCGACAGAGGUAGAAAAGAGGUCGACAGAGGUGGAGAGGUGGCGCGGGACCCCGUUCGAGAGGGUCCGCGAGAGGGUGCGCGAAUAAGGCCCGCAGUAAGCGCCCACCCUUAGGCGCCGCCUAAGUGGCACAGAGGGUGCAGAGAGGUCAAAAAGAGGGGGCGCGAGAGGUCGACAGAGGUGGAGGAAGGUGGCGCGAAUAAGGGGCGACCUCUCGCGGACCCUCUUGGCCACCUCUCGGCCACCUCUGUCGACCUCUACCCGCGAGUAUAGCCGGAUUAUUAGCGGGGACCCCCAAAAGAGGUCAGAAAGAGGGUCUGCGAGAGGUCUGCGAGAGGCUAAAACACAAACAAGCGGUCGCGAAUCCGCAUGGUGCUGCCAAUAUUUGCCAUUGCAGGCCAUUCGCGGACUUGUUUUCUUCGGCGGCUUUCCGCGCCACCCUCUCGCGCACCCUCUCGCGCCACCCUCUCGCGCCACCCUCUCGCGCACCCUCUCGCGCCACCCUCUCGCGCACCCUCUCGCGCCACCCUCUCGCGCACCCUCUCGCGCAACCCUCUUGCGCCACCCUCCCGCGCCACCCUCUCCCGCCGGGCGGGCGGCUUCUGUUCGCCCCCGGUGUUCUUUGCGGCUGCUCCCUGCGCAGAGCGCCCACAGGCGCGGGAAGCGCGCAAGUGGUCCUGCGGGUUGGCGCGGCGCAAACAGGGGGCAGGAAUCCAGUAUGUUUCGUUGUGCAUAGGCCCUUGGCGUUGUGGUCCGAUCGGCAAACAGUCUUGCCCCGGCCCAGCAGCCUUGCGCUCCGGCGGCAGCCGGAGCAUGGCUGGUUUAUACUAGUGCGAUACUUUUGCAAUGCAUAAGCAGGAGGGCAACAUCCCCACGGGAAGGAGUUGCCCGGCAUGGGCGACGCACCAGGAGUCGUUUUAUCUGUUCGGGUAUCAACCGCAGUUCUUAUGUCUGGGUCUGGGACGUGGCAACUUGUCAUGCCAAAUCGGGAGCAUGCAAAAGCUUAUGUUGCAGGAUUACCAAAAGCUGGGCACUUUCGACCAAGUUGACAGGGGGUUUCUCAUUCAGAAUUAGAAUAGGCAUGAUAGAGGUCUCACAGAAUCUGUCAUGCUACGCUCGGCACUCCAGACCUCAUGUGUCAUGUAACACCUGCAUGACAAGUCUGCAUCUUUCCAGACCCAGAGAUAUUUGCAAUGCAUCUCGGGGGCUACGACGGUGUGCAUCGGUUAAACGACUUCUACCAGUUCCGCAUGCCCAACCGCACCUGGACGGCGAUUCGAUCCUGCGGUCACGUGCCCGCCAGCCGGUACUUUCAUUCCGCGGUAGUGUAUGGUGACAGUUUGUUCGUGUUCGGGGGCUACAGCGGGCACGACAGGCUGAACGAUUUGUACGAGUUCCGGUUUUAUGCAUUGCAAAAGUACUAUCGUACUCGUACUAAUCGCAUUUCUGCAUUGCAAGUUUCUUUCUCAAGUUAAAUCCGCAUUACAAAUUUCCUUUCUCAUGCGGAGGAAAUUUGUGAAAAUGCGACCUCUACUAGUACGAUGCUUUUGCAGUGCAUAGGUUCGACAUUCACACGUGGUUCGCCGUGCACGCGGAAGACCCGCCCACGGGUAUCCUGAGCAAAAACGUCCCCACCCCAUAGUCGAGAUGCGAAAUCUGCUAGACAAAUCAGCCAGCUUUGGUUGUUGCGUGUGACAGCUUUGGCCUCGUAUUGUCGUCCUGUUUAGCUUCUUCAUCAGCGUCACAGAUCUAGCGCAUCACGCACAUGCUGAUUGGAGCACUACAAAUACCUCCAAAACACGACAAGACAAUGCUUCUCAUGAGGCUCCGCAUGAGAAACAUCCGCAGCAAACAGAUUUGCAUUACAACUACGGGGUCGUGGGGACGUUUUUGCAUGGGAUAACGGGCCGCUCCAGCUUAGUAGCCGCGGUAUCCAACAACUCCCUCUACGUGUUCGGGGGCUAUAACGGAUCCAGCGUGUUGAACGAUUUCUACGAAUUCCGGUUCGAGCCCGUCACCAUUCCGCCCUCGCAUUUGGUGGAAGACCUGCGGUUAUGGAGUGCAUCAAAAGCAUCUUCGUACUAGGAGUAAUUCUAAUUGCAUAUACAAAAACAAAUAAUAUACAAAUUGGCUUUUACAAAAACAAUCAAAGCUGCUGGACAUGUCAAAAUUAGCUAUACAAACUUUGAUCUGUGAUGCAAGAUUGCCAUUUUUACUCUGAGAAUAAUCGGAUGCUUUGCCAAUCGAUAGCGCUCAAUCGUGAAUAACCCAAUCCUCGGCGACGUCACGUUUCUCGUGGAAGACAUGCCGGUGUACGCAACCAGAAGUCACUUGGCGGCACGCAGCGACCACUUUCGGGCGUUGUUUUACGGCGGUACAUUUUAUCUUGGGGUGUUUUUAUUUCUCAGACGACGAGAAGCUCGGCUUUAAGUUUUAUUUCCGUCGGAUGUAACUUGCCGUUGUGGAAGUGCAGCAUGAUUUUCUUUUUGAAAAAUCACUUGUUCCUGAGAUCGUGAAAAAUUGCGGCAUUUGUGCGUCGCUGUCGUCGUCGUGUACAGGAAAUUUACUUCUAGUGGAUCAUAAUCAGGUAUCCCACGAAAAAACUGUUUCACUGUGGUGAUUUUACAAGAUCUGCAUCACAAGCUUGUUGCACAUGACGCGGAAAAUUUGCCAUGCGCGCUUCCCAAGGAAAAAAACGCAUGAGAAUCCAAUGCCUUGCAUAUGUAGCAACACAAACACCCUGGUGCUUCGUUCUCUGCAUCACAAGUUCACAGUGAAUCAGUUUUUCCUUGCGAUAUCAGGUAUGCGAGAAACCAUCCGUCCGAACGAGCCGAUACCGAUUCCGGAUGUUAGCUACGAGGCGUUUAUGAACAAGAAAUGCAAAAAAUGCGGCUGAGUUGUUUCAAUAUCUGUUUUUGCGUAGAAAUUUGCCAUGCAAAGACGCCUUCAAGAAGAACAAGAAGGAACAUAAUUUUGAGUGACUCCUCACACCACGAGGAUGGAGUCCGUCGCUAUAAUUUUCCGUAAUAUGCAGUUGCAGUAUGCGAGCGUGCACAACAACAAGCAACGUUGGAAAAUGAAUUGAGCAAGGUGCUGUACCCACAUGAAGAUCAAGGUGACGAAUCGGAAUCGUCUCGCUGUAUUACACACAGGGGCCCCCACGUCGUAACAGCAACUACACUAAAACAGAUGUGGUAAUUUCACCAUCACUGCAUGAUGUUAGCAUGUGCAUACGGAAAGAAAAAAGUUUGUCACAGUCACUAACUUGCAGGUUUUGCAUUACAAAUUUUCUCAGCAUCACAAACUUUCCUUGUAUUGCAGAAACACUAGGGAAAUCCCUAUAUAAAGUUUGGCUGUGAUGCAUUUUUACGCAUGACAAACAAUUUUGUAUUGCAAGAAUGCGCAUGAGUGAUCGUGACGAACUUUUUUCUUCUGAUAGUGCAUACUCUUCGUCACCUUGCUUGAGUACCUCUACACGGACAUAAUACCGGACCACCUUUUAUGAACUGCAAAAGUAUCGUGCUAGUAGUAAUCGCUAUACAAAUUUCCUCAGCAUUAGACACAGAAUUUGUAAUGCAUAUUUAGCAUAAAAAAAGAAUUUGUAAUGCAUGAAUUCGAUUAGUACGAGUACGAUACUUUUGCACAGGAUACCUUUCGACCGACACUGCCGUGGAACUAUUGAUAUCGGCGGAAAGGUACAAUUACCUAUAAUACUAUUUCAAAAAUUCUGGCGGGCGCGGGGGUGCGAGGUGCUAGUAGAAAUGCUGCUAGUAGAAUUGUGCUAGUGGAAAAGCAGCCACUAGUAGAAAUCCUGCUAGUGUUUUUAGCGUUACAAAAAAGCGCGAGCGGUACUAGUGACAGGCGCCACUAGUGAAGGCGCUCACUAGUGGAGCCACUAGUGACAAAAAGCCCGAUUUUGGGGAAAGCGUAACCACUAGUGAGAAAACGCGCCAAAUUCGGAAACUCGCUCGCAGGGACCGAGACGCGCGCUGCCCGGCCCCCGGGUGGCCUUCGCGCCUGCCUGCCAGCCGUGGUCUGGGCCCUUGGCCCUGGCUUAGAUGCGCGGCGGUUCGCGCUUGGUUGCCCCGGGCUGAAGUCGAUCUUCAUUCUGGCGCCCCUUCCCCUUCCAAGCCUGUUGCGAGGGAUGUGGCACCAGUCUGCGCCUUUCUCUGCUGCCUGUGGCUCCGCAGGCCGGGCUUGGUCGCGUGCGCCCUGCGGACCCCGGGGGCUCUUCGGCCGCGCCGGGGCUGCCUGAUUUUGCCUUGCUUCCUUGCUCUGGAUUGCCUUGCUUCCUUGCUCUGGAUUGCUUCCUUCCUCACUGCAUACUCUUCGUCACCUUGCUUGAGUACCUCUACACGGACAUAAUACCGGACCACCUUUCGAUAUCCCACGAUAAAACUGUCUCACUGUAAAGAUUUUGCAAGAUCUGCAUGACAAGUUUGUUAUUGAUGUUACACAUGACAAAGAAAACUUGGCAUGCGUACUCCCUAAGAAAAAACACAGCCAAAAAUCCAAUGUCUUGCAUGUGUUGUGUAGCAUGGCAACCACAUUUGCGUUCCGUUCUAUGCAUCAGAAGUUCACAGUGAAACAGUUUUUUCUUUGCAUAUUCGACCGACACUGCCGUGGAGCUGUUGAUAUCGGCGGAAAGGUUUACUACUUACUUUGCGCUAGAUUUUGGUGUCAUGCACCUCCACCACCACACGUGGCCUACUACAAGUUGGUCCGCCCAAGUAGGUCUGCGCGAGUAGCGCAUUUUGAUGAAGCAAAAAAUGCGAUAAUUUCAUCUUGGUAGUAGUGUCAUGAUGAUUACUAACCAGACCUAGAUUUUUCCGAAACCGAUGAUGAACAACGAGGUUUUACUAGCAUUCAUCCCAUUCGCAAAAAUACAGGUAUCUCCUCCAACGGCUCAAAGCUCUUUGCGAGGACUUAAUCCGCAAAGGCAUCGGCUUCGACAAUGUCGUGCCGAUUCUGCUCACCGCGAAAAAACACCGCGCUGACGGGUUAAAGGACAUGUGCAUGGAUUUUAUUGUCUAUUCAAUGCAAACAGGUCUGGGUUUCGGUCUGGAAGGAUGCGCGCUUGUUACGCGGACUUCGCAUCACACAAAAAUCAGUCCUGCAUGGAAAGCAAAAGUUGCGUGCUUCUUGGUCCACCAAAAGAAAGGCUUUGAUGUCAUGCGGACUUUUACGCAUGAAGAGACCUUCUCAUCAAAAUUUGUGCUGACGCUAGUGCGUGCACGGUAGAACCCCUGCUAGUUCGUGCAAAAGCUGCAUCACAAAAAUUCUGCAUCCUUCGAGAACCAGACACAGGCAGAUUUUCAAUGCAUAUCGUCGCGAACGAAGCGAAAAUGAAGCAGCACGAGACGUUCAAAGAUUUGACCGAGGAGCCCAUGUUGCUUUACGACCUGCUCAUGCGACGGAAAGCGCAGGAGGAGAAACUGGUGAACUCCAUGUCCGGGCACCAGAACCGCAGUGACCUCUCCGCGCUGUCUCCCGGCAACGGUUCCAGCCUCUACAGCGGGUACAGCACGCCGGACCACUCUCUAUCGCAAGAAAAAGUGUUAGCGUUAUCAACGGUUUUCACAGAUUGCAGCCAUGCAUCACAAAUGUAGCCCAAUAUGCAUGCUAUGCAUCACAAAUUCUGACACGUUUUGUGAUGCGUUGCUGCAUCACAAAUUCCGUCAACGUUACCACUUUAUUUUCCUGUGAUGCUCUCCUUUGCCCUUUCACGCUCGACCUCGGGUGUCUGGCGUGGCGAAUCGGGCGGGGCAAAUGUUUAUGCACUGCAAAAGUAUCGUUCCCGUAGGAAUUAUUGCAAUCGUGCAUUACAAAUCUUUUUCUUAAGCAAAAUCCGCAUUACAAACUUUAUUUCUCAUGCUGAGGAAAUUUGCAAUGCAUUUAUGCGAGUACGAUGCUUUAUUUGCAGUGCAUAACGUUGGAGAACUUCCUCGGGGUGGGGGGCGGAGGCGGGGGAAGUAACGACCGGG